AAACAUUCCAUGUUUUUCAAGUUUGGUCAUGAUUACCAAAGAUACUCAUGUUGGAACUUCUCUUUAACAUCAAGUCCCCACCCUCUCAGUCCCAUUUUAUCAUUGAACCAAGCUCAAGCCCCCCGAUGAGGAGAGAAAAAGCUCUAGCUCGUUUUCUCUUACUAUGGCUUCUACUUGCAGCAUUUCAACACCAUAACAUUACCAUUCCCAAGGUUCAAGCUACAGAAUCAGCUGAUUUCAAGCUCAGACCUGCAAAAUCCGACUCAAGGACGACUAAAGGAUACAUUUCCACCACUGGGGUUGAAGGGAAGAAGAUUCAUAAAAGACCAUCUGGACCGAACCCGGUUGGAAAUCACCGUCCCCCAUCAAGGGCAUGAAUCAAGGAUGCAAUUGCUCAGCAUGAGUGCAACUGAUGAUUACAUUGUUUCUUUAGAGUUGUUGGAGGUUAGACAUAUUAGUGUAAGUCAGAAACAUCUUGUGUUUAGGGUGUUAUGUCUGUGUAAAGAUGGAUUACAUUUGAAGUUCUGAAUUCCAUGACCCUUAAAAUUA